AUGCCGUCCCCCAUCAUAGAAACCAUACCCAUCGAUCACGUGCCCGCCGAUCAUGUUGUCCAUGUCGCUUUCUUCAAGGACAUUCACAACGCUGCUUACCUCCACCAGCAGCUCCUCGACCGCAACGCAGAUUUUGAGUACGCCUUGAUUGAUGCCUCCGUGGCUGUCUCUCGAACCCACAUACUCGCCGCCGCUUUCAAGGCUGUGACCGCAAAGGUCGACGGCAGCCUCAAGACCCCAAACGUCCAUUCCGAGCUCGUAGCCUCACUUAGCUCUGCAAACAACAUCGCAGAAGCCUACCGUCGUUAUGGCAUUAGCCCUGCGACCAAGGACGUGAUUGUCGUCAAGAUCACCACCCCCGGCGGCCCGCCGUCCGCCGAAGACGUCGAGAAACAUCUCAAGGAUAACUUCCAGGGUGUUCCGGCCCCUUUUACGGACGAAUCCAUCUCGACAUCGACAGAUUGGGCCAAGGUGCGCAAGUACUACAAGUUGAACGGGCUCCCAUGGCUCGACGCUAUCAAGGACGAAACAGAGCGCAGAGAACAGUUGGAGACUCUGGUUUUGGGUGCAAUGGCACUACGCACGGCAUAA